AUGUGUGCACCUGCCAUGCUCGUGCAUAUGUGUGAAUGUCUUCCACGUCCAUGCAUGUAUGCGCUUACGUGGCCUGGUUUAACUGGCUCCUCGCAGAAAAAUGUAAGAGAGUUUGAGAAGACUGAAAAGAUGUACAAGUUCGUCUGCUCUUUCCUGGCAAAAGGAUUAAAGCAAAAGAGCUGGACCUGGCAGAAUAGAAGCAAACCAGCAAUGUCCUACUGUGGAAUGGAUAACGAAUGCAGAUUUCGAGAACGUCUCGGGAAAGAUCACAGCCUGAUCACAGCUGUCUUGUGGGAAUUGAAGUUGCCUGGAGUAGAGAUAAGGGCUAAUGCAACCAUCCUCUCAGGACAGAAUAUUGCUCUUGGUGGUGGCUUAAGAGAGGUCAAUACAUUCAAAGACAGGAAGGUGACCAGCAGCAGAAGAACCAGUGCUCGCCAGCAUGUGGAGAUGAGCAGAUGGACACCACACGCUACAAGUUUCUACAUUGCAGAGGACAUUCCCCUCCUAAAAGAAAACAUUUGGAUUGUAUUUACUGUGAGCAGAACAGUUUCAAACAUCCUGGUCCCAGUUAAAUAUGGCAUUGAAAAAGAAAAUUUUCCUAAAAAUGCUUUCCCUCAGCCUAUUGUAAAAGAAAGUACGCUGGAAAAAUCGAACAAGGCAGAUAAACCAGUUCACGCCGGAGCCCUGGGAAGGAAGCGUCUCUGUUGGAUCCGGCCCCUCCGCGGGACUCUGAGGAAAAGCUACCUCCAGGUAGAUACCGUCUGUCACCAUGGUAAAGGAGACCCCCACAAGACACGGGGCAAGAUGUCCUCGUACGCCUUCUUCGUGCAGACCUGCCGGGAAGAGCACAAGAAGAAACACCCAGACUCUUCGGUCAAUUUCGCUGAAUUCUCCAAGAAAUGUUCCGAGAGAUGGAAGACCAUGUCUGCGAAGGAAAAGUCGAAAUUUGAAGAUAUGGCAAAAAGUGACAAAGCUCGCUAUGACAGGGAGAUGAAAAAUUAUGUUCCUCCCAAAGGAGACAAGAAAGGAAAGAAGAAAGACCCCAAUGCUCCUAAAAGGCCUCCAUCUGCAUUCUUCCUGUUUUGUUCUGAACAUCGCUCAAAGAUCAAAAGUGAACACCCUGGUUUAUCCAUUGGGGAUGCUGCAAAAAAAUUGGGUGAAAUGUGGUCUGAACAGUCAGCCAAAGAUAAACAACCAUAUGAACAGAAGGCGGCUAAGCUAAAAGAGAAGUAUGGAAAGGAUAUUGCUGCAUAUCGCGCCAAGGGCAAAAGUGAAGCGGGAAAGAAGGGCCCUAGUAGGCCUACAGGUUCAAAGAAGAAGAAUGAACCAGAGGAUAAGGAGGAAGAGGAGGAAGAGGAGGAGGAGGAGGAAGAUGAAGAUGAUGAGGAAGAGGAGGAAGAUGAAGCAUAAAUGGCUAUCCUGUAAUGAUAUGUGUGGAGUGUGCGCGUGUGCUCAGGCAAUUGUUUUGCUAAGAAUGUGAAUUCAAGUGCAGCUCAAUAUUAGCUUCAGUAUAAAAACUGUACAGAUUUUUGUAUUUUGCAUAGAUAAGAUUCUUUGUAGAGAAAAUACUUUUUUAAGAAUGCAGGUUGUAGCUUUUCGAGGGGCUACUACAUACAGUUAGAUUUUAAAGCUUCUGAUGUUGAAUGUUUCUAAAUAUUUAAUGGUUUUCUUAAUUUCUUGACUUGUGUACUGUAGCACAGCAAACUUGUAGGAAUUAGUAUCAAUAGUAAAUUUGGGUUUUUUAGAAUUUUGCGUUUUGUUUUUUUAAAAAAAAUUGUAAUAAAAUUAUGUAUAUUAAAAAAAGAAAGA